GGAGAUGGUGGUUGUUCUUCUCCCCGCAUCCGUAUAGGGGGGCUUUUUCAGAAAUAGCGCCGCUGCCGUCAAGCCCACCACAAGGAAGUUGUGCGGACAAGCUGCAUAAACGGGGUGCUGCUAUGUUGUGGGAUGUGAUGGGGAAGACUUUUCGACUCCUUGGGUACACCAUUCAGUAUGGGUGCAUAGCUCAUUGUGCCUUUGAAUAUCUUGGCGGAAUUGUCGUGUGUUCAGGACCUUCAAUGGAACCUACAAUUCAAAAUUCUGAUAUUGUGUUUUCUGAGCAUCUCAGCUGCCAUUUUUAUUCCAUUCAGAAAGGUGAUAUUGUCGUUGCAAAAAACCCAACUGAUCCAAAAUCAAAUAUCUGUAAAAGGGUAAUUGGCUUGGAAGGAGAUAAAGUCUGUACAAGCAGUCCAUCAGAUUUUGUUAAGAUUCACAGUUAUGUACCUAAAGGACAUGUUUGGUUAGAAGGCGAUAAUCUCAGAAAUUCUGCAGACUCCAGGUGUUACGGUCCUGUUCCAUACGGGUUGAUAAAAGGACGUAUUUGCUUUAAGCUGUGGCCUCUGACUGAUUUUGGAUUUCUACGUGCGAGUCCCAAUAGUCACAGGAUUUGUAAGGACUAAAUGAACUAUGC